AUGUGGCGUAUCGCAUGUGAUACGGUAGGUCUAUACAAAACUAAUUGUUCUCUUUCUUGUUUUGGGCAUUUGUCUUUGAAUGAUAUUAUUACCUUGUUAGAGGAGGAAGAUGAACAAAAUUUACAAAGUGAAUAUGAUAUAUUUUUAUUUCCACCAGCAAAUGCUCAUACAGAGUUGAUUGCCGAGGACUCAGGGGAUGAGGAUAACGUUCAUAUCAGUAAUUCACCUCCAAGUUUACAUACAAUUAGAGCAAAUACUGAACUUCAGCAAUCAAAUGUUAACGAAUGUGAUGAAGGAGCAGAGACAAGCGAGCCACUCCGUAAAAUAAUUAAAAAGUAUAAUUGGAGGCAACAGGACUGUAAUGAAGUCAUUUCAGCCUGGAAACCAAUACUUCACGUGCCUCAGGAAAGAACUCCUCUUGAAUGGUUUUCUUUAUUUUUUAUGCAUGAGAUUUUUGAAUUGUUCGCCACCGAAACAAAUAAAUAUUUAACUAGAAAGAAUUUAUCCGCUGAUAUCAAAAUA